ACCUGUCUCACUUUCAAAUCAACUGUAUUUCUUUGUACACUUGUUCAUCUGUUUGUUUCGGUGUUUUUGAAGCCGUUCUUCUUCAUUCAACUUAAGUUGGACAGCAACACACAAAAGUUGCGACUAGGGGAAGACAUUAAUACACAUAAAACAACUGGAAGACACUUGAACCGGUGCAACCACCUCUCAUCUUCGGCUGCUGGCCGCUGAGGUUCACUGGAAGGGGAAGAAAUGCCUUGCUCAAAGGCAGCUCAGUAAAAACUCCUGAGGGAGAGGAGAGCAGCCGCUUUACCAACUUUGUCAAGAUUUUCUCAGGACUACUGUGAUUCCCUGCCUCUUACUCCUAAAUCAGGUGAGUCUCUUACCUGCAAAGUGACUGCUGAGAAUAAAUCUGCGCUGAGCCUGUGAUCGGUCAUGGCAGACUGGAGCCUGCUGGGAAACUUCUUGGAGGAGGUACAAGAGCACUCUACCUCUGUCGGCAAGGUGUGGCUGACCAUCCUGUUUAUCUUCCGUAUCCUGGUGCUCGGUACUGCUGCCGAGUCAUCAUGGGGAGACGAACAGGAAGAUUUUGACUGUGACACUGAACAGCCGGGUUGCGAGAACGUUUGUUACGAUCAAGCUUUCCCUAUCGCACAUAUACGAUACUGGGUGCUCCAGAUUGUGUUUGUGUCCACUCCAAGUCUGAUCUACAUGGGCCACGCCAUGCACACUGUUCGCAGAGAGGAGAAGAGGAGGAGCAGAGAGGAGGAGGGGGGAGGGAGGGAGGAGGACCCAGGAGGAGGUGACGGAGGAGGAGGAGGAGGAGGAGGAGAAAAACAGGGGAGGGAAGGAGAGGAUGUUGAAGGAAAGGAGAAAAGCGAAGGUCCAUCAGCAGGUCGAAUCCGUCUAAAGGGAGCGCUGCUGAAGACCUACAUACUGAGUAUUCUGAUACGAAGCAUCAUGGAGGUGGUGUUUCUGUGUCUCCAGUACUUCCUAUAUGGAGUCUUCCUCAAUCCUCUGUAUGUCUGCAAGGCCUGGCCGUGUCCACAUCCAGUGAACUGUUAUGUCUCCAGACCGACAGAGAAAAACAUCUUCAUAGUGUUCAUGUUGGUUGUGUCGGCUGUCUCUCUGGUCCUCAGUGUGCUCGAACUGCAUCACCUGGCAUGGAGACGCUGCUGCAGGCAGUUCUUCACAGAGAAGGCCGUCACUCCUGCCAAUGCUUCGCUGGCGCGACAGCUCUCUCUGUCUCCUCCACCGCCGUCAACCCCCCCUCCAGACUUCAGCCAUUGUGUGAUUGGCUCCUCACACUUCAUGCCCCUCCCUUUCCCUAACCACCGUCUGGCUAACCAACAAAACUCUGAGAACAUGGCCACAGAGAAGCACAAAAUGGCCGUCGCUGUGGAGGGGGUAAACGUCCUCCAGAUGAGUUGCUACCCUCCAGGGUGGCAGGGCGCUAGUAACAAUCAGAUCCAAGAUGGCGGAUACCUGACGACCGAUACUAACUGCUACAGCCCUGGGAGCAGGGAGAUCAGCUGCCCUAAGAUCCUAAAUGGCGGCCCAGACGGGCUGUUGCUUUGCCCGAAUGGAGGGCUCUGUCAGACAGACAAACGAAGAUUCAGCAAAACCAGCAGAACCAGCAGCCGCACUAGAGCAGAUGACCUCUCUGUUUAGAAAGAAAGACGAAACUGAUGAAGCAGCUCCUCAUACACCUGCUACAUUACAUGCUGCCCAUUUAGCAUGAAUGCUAACUCUGUUUUUCUGCCAUUAAAAAGAGUGAAACUCCACUCUGACUUGAUUAGGAGAUAAUUCCUUCGGACAUUAUUCUGCUCGUAACACGACAACAAUGGAGUACUCAAAGAUUGCGCUAAACUCUGACCACAAUCGGACUUUGGGGUGUUCAGAUUAAAGUUCAAAUCUGUAUGUGUGGUUUUUUUUUUUUAAUCAAAAAACAGGACAGUACAUGUAGAGUCGUCAUGAGAGUCAUCUAAAUGCAGACAAUCCUUAAAAGCGGCUCACACUGUGACUUUACCCAACACUUUUGAAGCUUGAAGGAGCAACUGAAAUCUCCCAUUCAUUUGUAGCCGCAAGCUGAAUGUCUACAAACCUGAGAUGAGAAAGAGAUCACAAUCACAAUGCACUCAACGUUUAGGUGCUAUGUAUAUUUCCCUCAAGCUGAUGGUAAACCUACUAUGGUUUGUUACUUUUUGAAAAUAUUACAAUUUCUAAACUGUCAUUUAUGCAGUUCAGUGACACAUUUUUGCUGAAACUUUUAUACAAUCGUCAGCUGUAAUAUUUACAUUUAUCUCUAAAUUUCAGAGGAGUGGACACGAGUCACAUGAUUUGCACUCUAGUCAGAUUCAAGUCACAUAUGUUGACUUUAAAAAAUCAAAAAAGACUUACACACAGCAGCUGGACUUACCACCAGUGACUUGUGACUUCACUUGGACUUGAGCGUUUUGACUUGAACUGUCUUGAUAGCCUCCUUGAGCCCAAAUAUAAAUUAUGAUAUAAAAAAAACUGUGUGCAACGCAUCAGUUUAACAGAUUACAGUUUGAAUCCAACAGCAAGCAAUCAAACUGUGUGAGCAGAGAAAAGUUGCGAGUGCAGAAUCCCAAAAGUUGUAAUUUUGGGAUAUAAAGACUAUGCUGUAGUCAAGAAAAAGAUGGCAGCAACUUGCAAAACAAAAAUUAGCGAUGGAAAUACAAUAACUUCCAACUUUGUUUGACAUUUGAAGCUGCACAAAAAACGAUAUGUCGUAGUUAAUACAGCCGACAGCACAUUAUGACCUGUGUAGGACUCGAAACUCAAAAUUUAGGACUUGAGACUUUGGACUUGCCAGUCUCGACUUGAGACUUGACCUGACACUUGAGUGCUAAGACUUGAGACUUACUUGUAAAACAAUUAUUUGGUCCCACCUCUUCUGACUUUUGGUGAAAGUUCAUCACUCUCAAAGACUGGCCAUUGCUGCAGAGGAAGAUUUUAUUUCAUUUACAGCACUCAAAUCUACCUAUGCAAGUGACGACUGAGCCAAACAACUGUGAAAGUCAAAACACUGGGGGUGUUUGGGAACUGACCCCCCUUAAGCAGCCAAAGUUUUAUCCCGUGGACUGAGCCCUUAACUCACUCAUUUUCUGGCUGAAAUUGUCGUCAGACGCUGAAGUAGUGAAUUAACAGGAACUUAACUUGCGAUAUAUGUGAAAUUUCUAUUGUUAUGAGCCUCAAAGAAACAUUUUGUCUGUCAUCAUUUUUACUGUGUAUCUAAGAGUGUAACCUGUUUUGGGCUUGUUUAAGUUUUAACUGCAGCAGUAUCUGUUUCAUUCCCAUCGGAUGCAUAUGUUUGUUCAACCUAUUCAUCAGUGAAUAUGAAUAUGAAGCACAAACACCGAUUCCAUCUUCACACCGGCGUGUUUUAACCAUUUCUUCACUUUUUAAAAGCUAUGUUUUAAUUUCUCAUACUUGUCCUAUAUUGUUGUUGUAGUGUUGUCGUCAAGAUGACUACUGGUGAGUUUCUGCUGCAGUUUCUCAUUGUGGGUACAACAUCUGGACUGAAGCACAAUGGACUACAAUCUCUAUGAUCUGAAAUGUAAGGUUGUGUGUUUUGUUUUUUAGUGGUUACUACGCAAGAGUACAACAAAUUAUACUUUUCCAAAAAUCAUUAGGUAAUUACUACAUAUAUGUGUGUAGAUAGAUAUACUAUCAACAAUAAUUUAAAAUUGUCAUUUCGUAUAUUGUAGUUUUAUAAUUAUUAUUCCACAACGCAGACAUUAUUCUUCUCACAGUAUUGCCCAAGAAGUCAGGGGGUAAUAAGAGCCAUACUGGACCUGUGUGUCCCAAAAGGCUACGGUGCGCAGAGGUCUUUUCGGAUGCCCAUCAAGCCCAAUGACGGGAUAACCUCCAUAGACCUGAUCAAUGUAUUCUUCCACGUCUCCAUCCUGCUGUCCCACAGGAAGUACCUGCGUUUUGCGGUUUUGCGAGAUGGAUUGACACAGUGGCCAAAAUGUGUAAUAACAGCUUCUGCAUGUGUCACUGGAGCAACAAUACUUUUUUCCCACAGACUUAUAAUGUGUAAGAAGCGGCUGUUGAAAAAAAGUGGAAAUGACUUGUUUCACUUCCAGAUUUUGAUCCAUUCAGUCUGAAAGUCUAGAAGAGCCGCACGAUUAAAUCAUUUUAUCCCAGUUUAGGUUAGCAGAGGGCUGAACCGGUUAGCUAGGCUAUGCUUGCCACAGUGUGCUACUUUUUCAUAUGUGGAAAAAUAUCUAAACUUCGCAUGUGCAGAGUGAAUCAGGUGAUUAGUAACUUGUUCCUGAUAGGAGAAAUUGGACGCGUUACAACUGACCUGUGUUACAACCAUCCCUGGUCUCCCCUACUGCUAUAAUAAUUAACACUAAUUGGAGGUAACUAAGUGAUCUGUGAAGUUUGAGAAUACGCAUUUAUCAUUUGUGAACAUUCAUUUUACAAAUAAAUACCUGUGAUAUGUGUAGUUCAGAAAUGGCCGGCCACUGCUGCUGUGGACUAUCGUUAUGCCCACAAGAGAUCGCAUUUCACCACAUGAAGUCUCUUCGUAUGUCCACUUCUGACCAAGUGACUUCCUUUCUUUGUUACACAAGAGCUGGACAAAAGAGAAACUUCAGUGAUGGACACUUUAAGACAGGGAGACACAGGAAUAAAAAAAGCAUGUCUGGUUCUCAUGGCAAAUGUCCAGCUUGGAUCAGGAGCUGAUGGGAGAAUUCCCAGAAAGGUCAUCUGAAUACAUCAGGAAUGUUUGGGAACUGCAACACUGAAGGGCUUUCUGUUUUCUUUCCCAUCUGUGGUAGCAAUGUUUUACACAACGCUGCUGCAUGGGCGAAAACUCUCCAGCUUUUCCGACUUUAGAGUGCAUGAAAAUAAAGCAUCAUUAUAUUAGUUCCUAAA